AUGAGCCCAAACUCGUGGAGGCGACUUGCCCCUCUCCCCGUGAUCGUGGCGGGAGACUUCAACGCCAAGUCCUCAGCGUGGGGGUCUCCGGUCACGAAUCUAAAGGGAAGGGAGGUGGAAGAAUGGGCGGUGGCGCCGGGACUAUCCUUUAUAAAUAGAGGGACUGUCCCUACGUGCGUGCGGCAGACGGGAUUUUCCAUAGUGGACUUAACGUUUGCCACUCCUGUCAUCGCACGCCGGGUGGAAGAUUGGAGAGUAGAAACGGAGGUGGAGACGCUCUCGGACCAUCGUUACAUUAGGUUCGAGGUGUCUCCAGCCUCCACAUCGAGUUCGUCGUCGUCGUCUGGGGGGCGUAGCAGGUUCCCACGUUGGGCGAUUACCAAGUUCGAACUAGCGGAGGCGGCCAUAGUCGGCGGCUGGAAUCUGCCGUCUUUCGAGGGAAUGGGGGUAGACGAAAUUGCUGGUUGUCUCGGUAACACGCUUACGAAUGUGUGUCGAGCGGCCAUGCCUCGAGUUUGGGGUCGUCCUCCUCCUCAGAAGGCGGUGUACUGGUGGUCGACCGAAUUGACCGACCUCCGUGCUGCCUGUAACACGGCGCGACGUGCUUAUGUUCGCAGCAGGCGGCGGCGUCCCCAAGACGUUGAGCGGGAUGGCCGACUCUACAGGGUCUACCAAGCUAAAAGGCAGAUCCUGCGGUCGGCCAUCAGUCGGGCCAAAGAGGGAGCAUGGCUGGAGCUGGUUGAGGGGUUGGAAAAUGACCCCUGGGGCCGACCAUACAAAAGGGCGCGAGAUAAACUUCGUGCACAGUCGGCCCCACUGACGGAGACGCUUCAACCAGACCUGCUGAGGAACAUCGUCCGGGACUUAUUCCCUGACCCCCCGGCGGAUUUCGUUCCGCCGCGGAUGGUCCGACAGACGCCGGGCUCGAUGGAGGAGGGUGCUCCGCCACCCGUCACUGACCUGGAAAUGAAGGAAGUUAUGCUCCGCCUCCGUAGUAGGAGGAGAGUGUAA